AUGGUGAUACAGGGUCAGUAUGACUUGGGAGUGACUUACACCUCUACUCAGAUCUGUGCCUUCAAGGGAUCAACAGUGAACAUAUCCUGCAGCUACACAUACCAAUCCAGAAUAAAUGACCUUGUUACCAAAGUUGAGAAAAGAUUCUGGUUUACUGAAUUAGGUAAUGGUGAAACCGUGGACCUGACAACAGUCUCAGAGUAUUCAGGUCGUGUGCAGUAUCACUCUGAAAACAAGGACUGUACUCUGAGAAUCUCAGACCUGAGAGAGAGAGACUCAGCUGAGUACAAGUUCAGGUUCACAACAAACCAAGGUGGGAAAUAUAUUGGUUCACCUGGAGUCACUGCAGGUCUCCAGGUGCAGGUGAGCGAGUCUCCUAACCAGGCAGAUCUGAAGUGUCAGAGCAGUUGUCCUCUACCUGGUCGUCCUUCCUACAUCUGGUACAAGAAUGGACAGAACAUUCAGGGACAAACAUCUGAUUAUUAUUCAGCCUCCUUUGAUCCUGCAGACAUCUUUUCCUGUGCUGUAAGAGGACAUGAGGACUUCCCCUCUCCUUCAGUGUAUGGUCCAAAGCUUCCCUCUGUGUCAGUGAGUCCCUCUGCUGAGAUAGUGGAGGGCAGUUUAGUGAAUCUGACCUGUAGCAGUGAUGCUAACCCAGCAGCUAACUACACCUGGUACAAGGAGAAUGAAGACUCACCAAAAGCAUCAGGACAGAUCUUCACCAUCACUGACUUCAGAGCUGAACACAGUGGGAAUUAUUACUGUGUAGCCCAGAACAGAAGAGGAAGUCAGAACUCCACCUUACAUCUGAUUGUUGUAGCAGGGAAUUUAACAAUGAUAAUGAAUAUCAUCAGGCUGACUGUGGUGGUCCUGAUGCUGAUUCCUCUGCUGCUCCUGAGUCUGUGGGCGAGGCAGAAGAAAACUCUGAGCUCCACCACUGGACCACAUGAACAUGUAGAGAUAGAGACUCUUGUCCUGACUAUGAGAACUUCUCAGACACUGCAGCACAGACAGAAGACCCAGAGGAGCAGGAAGACCUGGUGUGAAGUCCAGUCAGAUGCAGCUGAACCAGAGGCUGGACUCACCUGAUGGAAACAAAGUAGUACGACAUUGAAAUAUCCCUGAGGAGAGCGAGGCUGUGGAGGGUGCGGGGGAAGUGGAUACAUUUACCUUCAACUCCAGAAGAUUUUAUUGUCAGUUUUGAGUAGCAGCAGCAGGUAGGAGUCAGCAGCAGCAUGUAGCACAACGUUUAGAAGAAUGUGUUGUUGGCAGCUUGAACUGAAUCAUGUCGAGGUGUCAAACAUGAUUUAUUGUUCAGAUCAGCUGAUGCUCAGGUGUUCUGUGACUUACUGAUGUAUAUGCAAGCUUAUUUUCUACUGCAGAGUUAGUUUUAGGCCAUGUUAUGCUUAAGGCUAGGAAGGAUGCACUUCAUUUAGUGAUGAAAAUGAUUUGAUUUUGUAUGUGUAUAUUAAAAAAGUAAUUAUUUUGUAAAUCUUAAAGUUCAUCUGAAAAAGUUUUGGCAUGGGAUAAGGGGGAGAAAAAGAAAACAAAAAACAAAAAUGAUGUGCAACAUACAUUUUUUAUAAUAUCUUAUUUUGGUUGCUGGUGUCUUUGUUUUGCUUAUUUUGCUCAUAUUUGUUUUCUUUGUUAGUUUUUUCCCUUUUAGGGUAUAUCAUAUAUAGUAUAUUUAUAUAGCAUGUGCUGUGUAUAUAAUUAGGCACACUUCAAUCUUUUUUUAAAGUUAACUGGGCUGAGCCUUCUGUUGUGUUUUGAUUCCAAUGAUUGCAUAGAAAGGAGCUCAUGCCUUUGAGAGUGGAAUAUGCUUCAGUAACUAAUGAUUAACUGUGCUGUAUGUAAUGCAUUUUGU